AAAAAAUGAAAAUCGGCGAGGUCCACAGACCCAGAGCCAGGGGGCAGAGUAGCUGCGGCAGCUAUGGAUGGCCACCGCGACGAGGAGGUCGCCGCCUCGCCGCUCCUCGCGGCGCCCACGCAGGUGGCGGGCGGAAGGCGACGGAGCCACGCCGCCGACGUGCACACCCUCUCCGCGGCCUUCCUCUUCGUCUUCUCGGCCUACAGCGCCGCCCAGAACCUCGAGAGCACAGUCAACACGGAGGGCGACCUGGGCACGGUCUCGCUGGGGAUCCUCUACACCUCCUUCACGGUCUUCUCCGUGGUCGCGUCGCCGGUGGUGACGCGGCUGGGACCCAAGCGCGCGCUCGUCGUCGGCACCAGCGGCUACGUGCUCUUCAUCCUCGCCAACCUCGCCCCGACAUGGUACACAAUGGUGGCUGCUUCAUUGUACCUUGGUUUUUGUGCAUCCAUCGUUUGGGUUGGGCAGGGUACAUAUCUAACAUCGGCUGCCCUUAGUCAUGCAAGAGAUAAUAAUUUACCAGAGGGACUGACUUUGGGGAAAUUUACUGGAGAGUUUUGGGGACUUUUUGCUAGCACGCAGGUGCUUGGAAAUUUGCUAUCGCUUGCUCUACUGAGAAACGGAAAGGAUGGGGGAAGUGUCCUGGGGAAAAAUAUGUUAUUUGUUGUAUUUCUUGGCUGCAUGAUUGUGGGCAUUGUAUUAAUGUGUUUUCUCUCCAAAAGAGAGGAGAAAGGAAAUAUUGAUCCUGUCCUGUGUUUUCUCUCCAAAAGAGAGGAGAAAGGAAAUAUUGAUCCUGUCCACUCUUCGUUUGGGGUGAUGUUGAAGUAUAUUGUUGCCCCUCUCAUGGACCAAAGGAUUCUUCUUAUUAUCCCUCUUAUAGUAUAUAUAGGUCUGCAACAUGCGUUUGUCUGGGCUGUAUUCACAAAGAAUAUUGUAAAACCUGUCCUUGGCAUAUCUGGAGUUGGUGGAGCUAUGGCAAUCUAUGGUGCUGCGGAUGCAAUCUGUGCAUUGGUUACUGGAUGUUUGACCUCUGGACUUUAUUCCGCUACAUUCAUAGUGUCGAUUGGAACUGUUGUCCAGGGUGUAGUCCUAUUCUGGUUGCUUCUUUUUUAUAGCCCAACUGUUGGAGUGCUUGGCACAGCAGCUCCGCUACUCAUAGGUGCCUUAUGGGGUGUUGGUGAUGGGAUGUUGAAUACAGUAUUAAACACAGUUCUCGGAUUGCUGUUUGAAGAUGCCAAGGAGGCUGCCUUUGCACAGUGCAAGGUCUGGGAAUGCGCUGCUGUUGCCAUUAUCUUCUUCUUGAGCCCAAACAUCACGCUACAAGCCAUGCUCAUCAUAAUGACGACAGCCCUCUUCAUCUCAUGUGGCGCAUUCCUGUUCCUCACAAUUGUCAUCGAUAAGCCAUCGACCGUCAGAUCCUGAGGCAGGUGUCCAUCCUUGCAUCUUCGUCAGUUCUAUCAGCAGCUUGGAGUGCCUCAUACUGUGUCUGUGUUCACAGCUGACAUGAGAGGAAAAUGUCCCUCCCGCCAAAUGUGAGUUGUGACAUCGUAUUUCAUCGCCUUGUUAUAUCGAACUAACCAUUGCUGAACAACUGAUGUAAAAGUUGCAGUGCUCAACUGAAGUUGUAGUGGUGAAAAGACAGGGAAGAUGAAAAUCGGCUUGAUAUUGGGUUGAUAAGAUGUGGUGCUUUGAGUUGGGAAAUCUUGAAUAUGUUGUACGGAGUAUUAGACAAAUACAUGGACUUUCUUACACUACAGAAGUGUAUAUCUAUUUUUUACAGGAAAAGUGUAAACACUACUGCCCUGGUUGUCAGGAUAGCAAGCUGUGGUUCUAUGAUCACUAGCAACUCAGCAUUCGUGAAUGUUUUCUUUCAACGUUUUUUAAACUUGGCCGGUGUUGUCAUACUAUUAAUUUGUAGUUCUACUAGGCCCUCAAACUCACUUUGAUUCAUGGAGUCCCAGAACCGUCUAAUGAGUGCUGACGGUGACCUUUUUUUUUU